AUGGCCGACGUCGUUGCUGAAAUAGAUUUGGACUCAGUGAUAGACCGGCUGCUAGGCUCUUCAGCAGAGGGCUUGGGGGUAUUGGAGCAGCCCUUCCAUGCACAUAUGUGUUUGGUCGAGUCAUUUUGGGGACACAUCUGUCCGCUGUUGUCGUCUUUGAUGCCCAUACUGUCUCGCCCGAAAAGCCCCAGUCCAGUACCCGGAUUCCCUAACCCCUCCUUUUCAGUGCGCGGAAACCGUCCGGGAAAACCCGUCCAGCUGCAAGAAUACGAAAUCAAAUACCUUUGCACCAAGGCACGAGAAAUCUUCAUAAAUCAGCCCAUUCUGCUGGAGUUGGAGGCCCCAAUUAAGAUUUGCGGUGACAUUCAUGGCCAAUAUUACGACCUCCUGCGCUUGUUCGAAUAUGGCGGCUUCCCUCCUGAAGCCAACUACCUAUUCCUCGGCGACUAUGUUGACCGAGGGAAGCAAAGCUUGGAGACAAUAUGUCUCCUGUUAGCCUACAAGAUCAAAUACCCCGAAAACUUCUUCAUACUUCGCGGAAACCAUGAAUGCGCAAGUAUCAACAGAAUAUACGGGUUCUACGAUGAAUGCAAGCGCCGCUACAAUAUCAAAUUGUGGAAGACAUUCACCGACUGUUUCAAUUGCUUGCCUAUUGCCGCGAUUAUUGACGAGAAGAUUUUCACGAUGCAUGGUGGAUUGAGUCCGGACCUACAGUCGAUGGAGCAGAUAAGACGAGUGAUGCGGCCAACGGAUGUGCCUGACACCGGUCUGCUCUGCGACCUCCUUUGGUCCGACCCCGACAAAGACAUAACUGGAUGGUCAGAGAAUGACAGAGGCGUCUCCUUCACUUUCGGACCGGACGUAGUUUCGCGGUUCCUGCAAAAACAUGACAUGGACCUAAUCUGCCGAGCACAUCAGGUCGUCGAGGAUGGAUACGAAUUCUUCGCGCGACGCCAUCUGGUUACAUUGUUCUCAGCGCCGAACUAUUGUGGGGAGUUUGACAACGCGGGUGCUAUGAUGAGUGUUGACGAGACACUAUUGUGCUCCUUCCAAAUUUUGAAGCCAGCUGAGAAAAAAGCGAAGUAUCCAUACGGCGGAAUAAAUGUUGGGCGGCCCGUGACACCUCCGCGCAAGCAGAAGAAGAAAGACAACCAGUAA